AUGGGCAAGUUAAUCAAGAACCACUGGGCACGCCUCGUCAUCCUCACGGCUGCUGCGUAUCAAAUAGGAGCUGCACUUGAAUGCUUCUUCUGGCCCAAGAUCUUCUGGGACUUUGCCACCAAGAACCUCGAUGGCGCCGUCAAGCCGCUCCCGAUUCUGCAAGUCGUCAACAUGAUUCUCGGCUUCAUCGGGCUUGCGUGGGAAUGGCCGUUGCCGCUGCUCGCCGGCAGCGGACUGCACCGAUCCAUCGAGGCUCGACUGAUCAUCUACCCACUGAGUGCGCUAUGUGCGCUUCUCAUCUAUCAAGGCACAAACUCGGGUCUCUACUACAUUGUCGGCAUGGUGGCCUACUUCUGGGCCUACAGCGAAGGCGAGGUGGUCUGCCCCGAACCUUGGACACUACCAAAGCGCGGCGCUUCGGCCCGCAAGGGUUCCGCGUAG